CCCAUUGCAUCGUCCUUCGGCUUCCUGCAGCUGCACUUCCUCGCGCACUUACCUCGUCCGCCCGCACUACAGCUCAAUUACAGCACGAGGUCCCGAAGGUGCAGGACGGAGAAUCGAAUUCAUUGAACAGAUAGUCGAGAAAUGGCGACCAUGGCUGCUGCGAGCACUGCCUCGGCCCUCGUCGCGGUGAGGGGGUGGGUGCAUGGCGAGCAGCAGCUGCUGCGCAGCUCGGGUUUGCACAAUGCCAACGGAUUUGUGGCCGUGAAGAAAACGAGCGUCUCCGUCAGGGCGCAGGCAGUCGCAGCUGGCGAAGCGGAGACGGCCACGAAGGCCGAGAGCACCUCGGACCCAAUUUUGUUGCGUGCUGUUCGUGGGGAUACUGUCGAGAGGCCGCCCGUGUGGAUGAUGCGCCAGGCCGGAAGAUAUAUGAAGGCUUACCAGAAACUGUCCGAGAAGUACCCCUCUUUUAGAGAAAGAUCGGAGAACACAGAUUUGUCUGUGGAGAUUUCGCUGCAGCCGUACCACGCGUUCAAACCUGAUGGAGUCAUCCUUUUUUCAGACAUCCUGACUCCGUUGACGGGCAUGAACAUUCCGUUCGACAUCAUUGAAAAGUCUGGGCCCAUCAUUCACAAGCCCAUUCGCACUGCCGCAGAUGUGGCUCAAGUUAGAGAAUUGGUUCCAGAAGAGGCCGUUCCUUACGUGGGGGAGACUCUCCGUAUCCUGCGUUCAGAAGUCGGAAAUGCUUCUGCCGUUCUAGGUUUUGUAGGAGCACCAUUCACCCUGGCUUCGUACAUCGUCGAAGGAGGCUCGUCCAAGAACUACACAGUCAUCAAGAAGCUUGCAUUCACUGAACCUCAGAUUCUCCACUCUUUGUUGCAAAAAUUGGCAGAGUCGAUUACUAUCUAUGUGAGGUACCAGGCCGAUGCAGGUGCUCAAGCUGUUCAGAUCUUUGACUCUUGGGGUACCCAUUUGAGCCCUGCCGACUUUGAGGUAUUCAGCCUUCCCUACAUUAAGUACAUUGUGGAAAACGUGAAGAAGACUCAUCCUAAUCUGCCCAUCAUCUUGUACGCAAGCGGCAGUGGUGGUCUGUUGGAGAGAAUGGCAACUUCAGGUGUUGAUGUUAUGAGCCUCGACUGGAGUGUGGAUAUGGCAGAAGGUAGAAAAAGAGUUGGUAAAGACCUCGCUGUGCAGGGAAACAUGGACCCUGCAGCCCUAUUCGGCUCCAAGGACUUUAUUACCAGAAGGAUUCACGAGACUGUAGAGAAAGCAGGACGAGACAAACACAUCUUCAACUUGGGCCAUGGUGUGCUAGUAGGUACUCCCGAGGAGAACGUAGCUCACUUCUUUGAAACUGCUCUGAACAUUAGAUACUAGUUAACCUGUCUUUGUUGAUAUUUUUUCUUCAUAAUUCAAUACAAUUUUGCCCAAAUGCUUCAGAUGAAUUUAUGUCGAAGACCAUCAAUCAACCUGCCCAUGGCCGUUAGACAAGGCUAUUUCUCAGCUUCCUCGACUUUGAUGAACGUGCGUCUAUG